AUGUGGCGAAGGGGAAAAACACUGGGACAGGGAGCCUUCGGCAAGGUUUCCAUGGCGGAAGUCAUCACAGAAGAAGGCUCCGGUUUUCCAACCGACAUGGCGGUUAAAUCCGCUGCCGUGUCGGAAUGCCGCUCGCUCCGUCAUGAACUUCGUGCCUUCCGCGAUAUACAGCCCUGCCCCCACGUUAUCCGUUGCUUCGGCUACAACAUCACCAUGGAGCAGGGCGUCCUACUUUACAACAUCUUCCUGGAGCUUGCCACUGGCGGUAGCCUUUCCGACCUUCUUCACCGCUACGGCGGGGACCUGCCAGUGAAUGAGGUCCGUAAGUAUACUAAGUCUGUUCUCAUGGGUCUGCGUCACAUUCACAGGCAGGGCUUGAAUAAGAGGAAAAGAGUUGAAGAAUACACUGCCAAAAUUGCUGACUUCGGGCUUGCAAUGAAAGUGGGAAAAGGAAGACAAACAGGGGAUCUCUCUGCCAUAUAUAGCACCAGAGUCGAUAAAGUACCAGAAAUUCCAUGUGACUUGUCAAUGGAAGCUCGAGAUUUUCUCGGGAAUUGCUUGAUCAGAGACCCCAAGUCAAGAUGGACCGCUGAUAUGCUCUUGGAUCAUCCAUUUAUCACUGGGAGUAUCAGAUUGAGGGAGGAGGAAGAAAGAGAGCUUUUCUUCCCGAAGCAACCAGAGCAGCACGGGUUUAAAAAGAAGCAAAAUAGUGGUGAAGAAGAUGCACAGAAGGAAAAGCCCAAUGCAGACAUUGCACUUGAUAUGCUAAGGCGGUAUUGGUGCGUGGAGAGGCCGGCUUCUGGUGCUGUUGAGAAUUGCAAUCUGAAGAUUUAG